AUGCCUUCAAGGCAGUGGCGUUUGACUGCUGAAUGGAAGACAAAACUGUGGAAGUUCGGCGUUCUUUAUUCCAUUUCUUCAGUGCCACAACAGUCCAUCGCCGUAAGUGUUUCGUAG